AUGGAUACAAACAACUAGGAGAAAAAAAAAAUUGAAAUAGAUGAUAUAUAAAUAGGAGAACUGAUUGCUUCUACUCACGGAGAAGGUACCAAAAUUUAUAGAGCAUACUACAAUCAAAAAGAAUAUGCUCUAAAAGCAGUGCUUAGAGAUUCUAUAGAAACUCAUCUAGAGUUAGAGCAUCUUAUGAAUGAAAGAAAUGCUCUUAGAGAGUUAUCUCAUCCAGGAAUAAAUAAAAUGAUUGACACUAUAAAAGAUGACCAAUACCUCUAUUUUUUGUUGGAAAUAGUAUAUGGCAUACCUUUACACAAAUUACUUUAAAUGCAUAAUAAAUUAGAUAAAGGGUUUGUUUAGUUAAUUGCAGUUUAGAUUAUCAAAAUAAUAGAAUAUAUGCAUUCUUAGGGUUAUAUAUACAGAGACUUAAAAGCUUCUAACAUUAUUGUUGAUCAAUAUGGAAAAGUUACUUUGAUUGAUCUUGGAUAUACUAAAAAAAUUGAAAAUGAACUAACCAAUUCUUUUUGUGGCACUAUUCAUAUGAUUGCUCCAGAGUUAUAUAACGAAAGCUUAGAGGAAUAGGGAUACUCUUAUGAGGUGGAUGUUUAUUCAAUAGGAAUAUUGAUAUUUGAGUUGACAACAGGAUCUGCACCGUUUGGUUAUGAUGAAUAAAAUUGCAAACAAAAGACAUUAGCAGGAAUUAACCAAGAAAUUCUUAAUAAAAUAAAAGAUGAAAAAAAUCUAAUAGAUUUAAUUACAAUUUUAUUGGAAAAAGAUCCUAAAAAACGUCCUAAAAUUAAUAACAUAUUAAGUCAUCCUUAUUUUUAGAAUGUAGAUUUAAAAAGUGUUGAUCAAAUAGUUAAUGGUAAAAACGAAUAAAUUCCUUAAUAAGAGUUAAAUAAAUUUCACAUUUUUGAAUACCAAGAAGACAUAAAUGACUUUGGAUUGUAAAAAGCCAGAGAAUUAACCUAAGAAGAAAAAGAAGCUAAUCAAAAAUUGAAUGAUAUUUUCUCAAAUUUUUGA